CUUUUUUAUCAAUUUAAUUUAUAUCUUGUCGCGACCGAACAAACAAUAUUGAGGGUUGAGUUAUUUGAAAAAGGCAAAAUGUACAUAUAACUCGAAAACUCAAUAUCGCUUUUGGAAGUGAGAAUUUGUAAAAUUACAAAAUUGCUUUGAUUUCGUAAAUAAAAUAUAUUAAAAAAAAGGUACCCACAUCAAGGACAUAUACGCAUUAUAUAAUUAUGAAAAUACCUCGUUACAUACAGGCACAGUCUUGUCUAUAUCUGUUGCUAAAUCUGGAUCACUCUGUACUACAGGUUAGUCGUUAUCGGCAGAGUAGGUGGCAGGCAUAAUCACAUCGUUGAACAAUUACUAAAACCAAAAUACGCGGUUUAAGAAUUUAAUACUUGCUCAAGAAACACAUAAGGAAAGGUUUCUUCUCCUCUUUGGAUGUUUGAGAAUAUCGUUAAACGAAAGUACUUUCUAAAGUUCGUUUGCAUACUACGACAUAAAUGAGUUUGAUUGCACAAUCUGUUAUUCCCAGAUUUCGUCUCAGUCAAAUUCCAAGCUUUCAUACUGUCCAGCAAUGUGUAUUUAAGAGAUUUCUUAACACGCAGCUAUCCACAUUGUCCACAGCUGAAGAUACAAACAAAAGUAUCAAUAACCGUCUUUUUAAAUUGGGUCUAGUCGAUGAAGAUGGUUACUUCUCGCGCGAAUCAUUGCUUUUUCAAAAAAAGGCACUGUUGAAUAGCAGUAAUUCAGAGAUUUUUAAAUUCCCAAAAUAUUCCCCUUCACGAUUUGCAUCGGUUCUGUUGCCUUUAGUUAAUUCGGAGGAAGGCGCCGCUGUCAUUGUGACUCUGCGUUCGUCUCGUUUACACACUCAUGCUGGUCAAAUGUGUUUUCCAGGCGGAAAAGCCGAACAAUCUGAUGGGUCGUGGUACAAUACAGCUCUUAGAGAAACUUACGAAGAGAUUGGACUUUUGCCAAACUUCUUCCAACGAAUAGGUUCUUUACCCAGUCUACCAACAAAAGAUUGGAAAACAAAAAUUACUCCUUACAUUAGCUUUACGAACCAGUAUCUCAUGUACAACGUGUCAGAAGAGGUUCAACAGGUAUACUGCAUACCAUUGACUUUUCUACUAAACCCUAAAAACCAACGCAGAGGGCUCUUCAGAAACGAAGUUCCCUUUAUUGAAUUUCACUUGGAAUGUGUUCCUCGAAUCUGGGGAAUUACUGCUUUUAUCUUAAACUCUUACUUCUCUAUUUUAUGUCCAGACUUACUCAUGAAAGUGUGAACGAUAUAUAAUUCACGAUUAAGAAGAAUAACCAUUAAGUGUAACACAUAAUUACAAGUUCAUGCUAAAAGUACAUAUAAUAAAUACCA